UUGUAUUAAUAUUUAUUAAAAUCCAAUUAAUUUUUUACAAAUAACAAAAAAAAAUUGCAAUUAAAAAAAAUCAAACAAACCACUCGAAAUAAUCAAUCAAUCAAUAAAUUAUUUCAUGAAAAACAUGUAAAAAUUAAAUAGCAUUGACUCUUAGAAUGUGUCUGACACGUAAAGAUAAGAUGUCUCUCCAGAAAAUAGACUAGACUUAGCUUAUAAUAUGAAAUAACACUCUUUUAAAUUACCUCAAAGCUACAGUUAAAUUACAGAAUCAAAUCAAGUAAACGGAACUCAAAAUAAAAAAAUGAGCAAAUCAAAGCAAUCUAUUUCUUUCAUAAAGAGCUAACCAAAGACAAUAGAAGAUGAUGAUUUAAUCUAAUUAGAAGAUGAUUCCAUUUUAUCCCAGAGCUCUGAAGAUGAAAAAUGCCCUAAAGAAAAUAAUUUAAAUAAAAUUAGCUUUAAAAUCCCAAAAUAAAAAUCAGAUCUUGAUUGGACUAAUAAAUUGUAGUAAUAAAAUAAUUAUUAAAUCAUCAUCAAGUCAACAUUUGAAGAAGAUGCUUUAGAAAAAAUGGGCAAGCAAGAUUCAGAUUUAGAUAAUAUUCCUUUGCAUUAACAUCUAAAUACAAGAGCUGACAGUAAUUAGUCUUCUGAUUAGGACAAUCAUACUCCAGGUUAAAGAAAGUGGAGUAAAGUCAGAAAUGUCUUAAAGGGAGUUCAAUUAUUUUCAUAGCUUGAAGUAGAGACGAUAUCCAAGCCUAGUGAUAUUGAUGCCCAUUUAAGUUCAUCAUCAAGAUCUAAUUCACCCAAUAGGGAUUUGUCUCCUGAAAAUAGAAAAAUUGAAGAAGAAUAAAAUGCAAGUGCAAUGCUAAAAAAUUUAUAGCUGGAGGCAAAAUAAAAUGCAGUAAGAGAAUAAUGGAAGUUAAUAGAUGAUUUUAAAUAUCGUAAAAAGUUUUUCCAAGCUAUAGAAACUGGGUCACCGGAGGACAUUCAAUACAUUGAAGAAUAUCUCAAAGACGAUCCCAAAAGAUAUUUGAUUGUUGAAGAAAGCAGUGAAAGAAGAAUGAAUAAAGCUGAUUCAUUUGGUUAAACUCCCUUAUAUUGUGCUGCAAAAAAUGGGAACCUAGAAGUUAUAAAAAUACUUGCAAAAUAUAAAGCCAAUCACAAAUUAAUAACCUAUCUAAAUAAUGAUUAGAGUGCUUCAGAUACAGCCAUUAAUGUAGCAGCAAGAUGGGGACAUGUAAAAGUAGUAGAAUAUCUUUUAGAUACUUUUUUAUGGGAUAAAAACGAUUUAAAAACUGCAAGUAAAUCAGCCACUAAUAAAGAAAUUAAAAAAUUAAUUAGUAAAAAACAAUGAAAUAACAGAUAUUAAAUUAAUAUAAAAUGAUUAUAUAAACACCUAAAACAAUUAAUUCAUUUAUAAAUCUACAAAUAAAAGAAUGAAAUCUACUCAUUCUCAACUAACCAAUUAAUCAACCAACCAACCAAUUAACUAACAACCAAAUUUAAAUAAAGUACUUAUUCAAUUAAAAUAUAAAAAUUAACCAUUUAAACAAAUAAUUAUAACAUAUAAAUUUAUAAUUAAAACUAACAUAUUUUAAAUGUAUAUAAAUAAAUAAUUUAAUUUUAUUUAAAAUAAUUAAAUAAAAUAAAAAAUUAAUUUAUUGAGUUUCUUAACUAUCUUAAUAUUAAAACAAACUGGAUACUUCAAAAUA